ACAAACUGCAGAAAACAAGACAACUAUGCAGAACAUCUGUCAACUUAUCAGGCCAGACCUUCACACUGGUGCAUGAAGCAACAAGUCGGGAGUUUGGAAAACAUGGGGGUCAAAGGUGACUGAGGAAAUCAUAGCAAAACAUCCCCAGAGAAAACACUGGACUUUGUGUUAAACUAGGAUCCUUUUUACCGAUGGCAUCAUUUGUAUGGGAGUGUUUUUUCUGUUUGCUCCCAUCCUUGUUACUUUUCCUGUCGUGUCUGGCUCUCCGCUGGCCCGGAGCACGCUGCUGGACAAAGCCGGCUGUCCGGGGGGCUGCGGGACCCAGGCUCAUCUGCAAGCCCACUGCGCUGUCCAAGUACCUGCUCCGGCACUGUGGCUCUCUGGCCAGGCCGAGACUGGCCGCCUGGCCCAGGGGAGACCCCCACCUCCAGACUCUGUGCAGCCUGCUGUGUGGACAACUCGGAGACUCGAUACAGUUUACCAGAGAAAAUCUGUUGCUGAGAGACGGGGGAAUUGUAGCCGUGGACUGGGCUGUGGGGACAGGAUUGGGCGAGGCAGCUGGGAGGAAGAGGUGGGAGGGGAGGAAGGAGCAUCAGUCAGGGGGAAAGACGCUGGGCUGCCUCGCCUCGACGCCUCCUGUCCUCCUGCUCAUCCCUCAAUCCUGGGGAGGGAUGACCCCCCACUUGAAGGCGCUGUGCCAUCAGGCCAUGCGCCAGGGCUUUUAUGUGGUGGUGUUUCACCCUCGAGGCACAGCGGGGUGCCCGCUGACCACAGCUCGACUGACUGAGUUUGGAGACCCAGCUGAUCUUGAGCAGGCGGUGGCUUAUGUCCACAGCCGCCACCCAUCCUCUGGGCUUUUCGCAGUGAGUGAGGGUUCAGGCUCAGGGAUGCUUCUUUCCUACUUGGGGGAGUGUGGAUCAGGUACAUACCUGACAGCGGCCGCAGCCAUCUCACCCGUGCUUCUGGGCCAACUCUGGUUUGAAACAGCCAUGCCUCCUAUUUAUCAUUGGGGGGCGCUGUAUCAUCGGAAACUGCAGCUCAGUAGAUACGCAAAUUCCUUCGGUGCAGUCCUGGACGUGGAUCGGGCCCUCGGCUCUUCCUCCCUCAGAGACUUUGAGAAAUCUCUUUUCUGCUCCUCAGCCCAGCUUCAGCCGAGAGCUUCUAGACCUCCAAUCAUCUCUCCAAACUCUGGACUGAGCACAGGAGCUCAUUCCCCGCGGGGCCUGGCACCCUCAGUGGCCUGGGCACUGGGCGAGAGGGCCUACCCGGCCAAGGACUGGGACAGCUACUGGGAGAGGAACGAGCCACUGAGAGAUGCAGAUGAGGUGGCUGUCCCCGUGCUCUGUAUCUGCAGCCGUGACGACCCUCUCCUCCCGCCUGCCUCCACUUUGCCCACCCCCCUUUUCCAGAGCAAUCCUUAUUUCCUUCUGGUGUUGACAGACAAAGGAGGGCACUGCGGAUUCAGUCUGGAAGGCCGAGAAGAGAUGGAGGGAGGGAGGACUGAUAAUGAGGAGGUGGAGGGAGGUAGCUGGAGCCAUAUUGCAGUUCUGGAGUACUUCAGGGUGGUGGCUGAUUUCCUAAAAGGAAGGGAGAGGGAUCGGGCAGGCUGGGUUGGUCCACCAGGAGAAUAUAGUCAGGCUGGGCACAGGAACAGGAGCAGCAACAUGGCCCCUCCUCGCAGGCGGAGAGCCACCAUGAUGAGGAGACCAAGACCACAGGCACCUGGACAGAGCAGUAUGGAUGCAGAAGAAGGGAACUUCACCUGGAGGAGGUCCUAUACACGCUGAGGAGAAAGAGAUGGUGGAGGAUGGGCUCUGCAGAGAAAGACUGUAUUGACUUCGGACAGUGUUUGAGGUUUUGGGUUCAGUCCUUCACACAUCUGGAAAAGAAAAUCAGCUAAAUAAGGGCAGUGGACAGCUGUCGGAAAUUGGACAUUUUGGACAUUUUUUGAGUGCAGAAAAAAAA